AUGGGACAAAGUCAAUCUUCCACGCUUGGCCGGUUGGCUGCAGCUGGCCCGUGGACAGAGACAAGGCCCCUCCCUGCACCAUUUUCGCAGAUCCCUCUUCAGCCUGGGACUGAGAUUGUUAUGAAGGUCGUUACAGCGACUUCAACAAUCUCACUAGUCACUCUGCUGGCUGUGGCAUGCAUUCUUCGUUGGUUGGCCGGUCGGGGCGAGUUACAGAUCGACUUCCGCGCUUUGCGUCGACCAGAGAGCGCUCAAUCACAGCUGCUAAUUUUGUUGGGCAGCCUGCUGCUGGCACAGACUCUCUUGGCAUUGGGAAGCUUCUGCGCCGCGUUUCACCUGAUCAGAGGGGCUAUGAUUGCUCCAUCGACCUUAUGCUGGGCUCAAGGUAUGCUCCAUGGCACUGGCGGAUUUCUAUCGCACUGUUCUAUUGCAGCUAUCGGAACGCAUUCACUGUUGUCGGUCUAUCGACUGAAGCCCUUACAACUGCCUGCUUUUGCGUCCCUUCUUGCAAUCGUGUACGCUAUUCCCUUCUGCAUUGGUUCAUUGUUUCCACUCGUCAUGGGAUCGCUUUACGAUGUGCCAUUCAUGGUCGCAACUCACUUCGCUUGUUACGUCAACAUUCUAUACAUGAAGAAAUUCACCUAUGUGAUCGUAUUUCCUUUUGGGCUACUGUUCUCAAUUGGUCUAAUCACAUUUCCAUUAGCCUCACUGCGACUCAGUUUCCAAACGAGACGACUAUUGCAACACGUUUGCAAAGCUCAAAGCCAACAGGAGAUUAACAAGCGUACAGAGUACGGAAGAACCUCCACUCGGAUGUUGAUGUUUCCGCUUGUAGCCAUGCUCGCAACAUUGCCUUUUCUGGUUGUUGGAAUUGGCCUCAUUCUGCGCCCAAGCUUCUUCCAAGAACACAUCUGGCCAGAAACCAUCACUGGGCAUGUGGUCUCUAUAAAGCCAAUCAUUGACGUUGUGCUGUUCGGUAUGCUUUACAUCAAAUGGCCUAGCUCGAUCAAGCCUAAGUCGCCUCGCAAAGGCCCAUCCUUUGGGACAGCGCAGGAUGACUUGCAGCACCUACCUGGCAGCUGUAGUGGGAUUCGUAUGGGCACUCUGCGUCCAGUCGACGUCGAGAUUUUUGCGGCCUCUGAUUUGGAGACGCAUUCACUGACAGCGGCAGCUAACAGCGGCUCGACAAAGUCCGCCGAGUUGGCACAUCUGCACUCCCUUGUCGGAAUUCAGGUCAGCCAGAAGACGGUCAGAACCGUCCACUCGACUUUUACAUUCUGA